AUGGCUUUCUCAGCAACCCAAUACUAUGCAACCCCUUCAACAUUCCCCCACAACUUACCCAAAAUCACACAUUCCACCCCAAACCCCUUCACCCUCCCCAAACAACCACACAUCACUCUGCCCCACCACAAGCCACUCUACAUCUCCACCGCCGCAGCCCGUCUCGGAAAACCCCCCGGUGGCCCACCGGGUCCUCCGGCCCGUUGCCAGGCCUACGAGGCUCGGCAGCCGGUGCCCGUCACCAUCGAGCUCGACCGUGAGCGGAUCAAAAUCGGGCUCUACUUCGCCGCAUGGUGGGCCCUCAACGUCGUGUUCAACGUCUACAACAAAAAGGUCCUCAACGCCUUCCCUUUCCCCUGGCUCACCUCCACCUUGUCCCUAGCUGCCGGCUCGUUGCUCAUGCUAGUCUCGUGGGCCACCCGGCUGGCCGAGGCACCCGAAACCGACCUCGACUUCUGGAAAACUCUGUUUCCUGUUGCGGUGGCGCAUACGAUCGGACAUGUGGCGGCUACGGUUAGCAUGUCGAAAGUCGCGGUGUCGUUCACUCACAUUAUCAAGAGUGGGGAGCCGGCUUUCACUGUCUUGGUGUCGAGAUUUUUGCUUGGAGAAACUUUUUCGACUCCGGUCUACCUGUCGUUGCUGCCGAUAAUCGGAGGCUGCGCGCUUUCUGCCGCAACCGAGCUCAACUUCAACCUUACGGGUUUCAUGGGGGCAAUGGUGUCGAAUUUGGCGUUUGUAUUCCGAAACAUAUUCUCGAAAAGAGGAAUGAGUAAAGGGAGAUCGGUCGGUGGGAUGAACUACUAUGCUUGCCUUUCAAUGAUGUCCCUUUUGAUACUCACUCCUUUUGCUAUAGCUGUGGAGGGACCUCAGUUGUGGGCUGUUGGCUGGCAAAAAGCAGUCUCUCAAAUUGGUCCCAACUUCAUAUGGUGGGUCAUGGCCCAGAGUGUGUUUUACCACUUAUACAACCAAGUAUCAUACAUGUCCCUAAACGAGAUAUCUCCACUGACGUUUAGCAUUGGCAACACGAUGAAGAGAAUCUCGGUUAUUGUUGCGUCAAUCAUUAUCUUCAACACCCCUUUACAGCCGAUCAAUGCACUUGGUGCAGCCAUUGCCAUCUCUGGCACUUUCCUUUAUUCUCAGGCUAAGCAGUAA